UUGUUUAAUUUUUUGUAAGUUUUAUGAUGUCAGUAUUGACAGGAUUAUACGUUGUUAGAGUAGUCCUUAACAAUUCCGUUAAAUAAUCAUCCGUCAAAAUAGAGCGAUGUUUAGAUUUAGUCAUUUACGUUUUCGAGUAUUUGACUCACAAGAAUGUGUUGUUUCUUAAUUUUUGAGCUCAAAAAGUAAUUUUUGGAUAUUUAAUAACGGGCACAUGUUUCUAAAAUUCCAACAAAUAAUGAUAACUGCAGUAUUUUAACUGUUUCAGUCCUUGAUCGUCCAAUAAUUCUAAGAGUUCAAUUUCUAAAGCUACUGCAUCCAUUGACAUAGGUUUUAAUAUUCGCGGUGGCAGUAUUGUGCUAAACGGUUCCCACCCGUUUCUAGUUUUUUGAACGGAAAAAAAAAGUUUAAAUACUCUAUAGCCUAUAACUUAUAGCCUAUAGCCUAUAUUUUAUUUCAAUAAGUGGAUUUUAAUUUUAGAUUCUGAGCAAAGCAAUGAAUGUACCGACUAAUGCAGAUUUUGCAAUGAUUUUUAUUUUUUUUUGUGUCUAUUAUCACCUUUUGGGACAAUAAAAAUGUUCGAUUUUCUUCAAUAGCAUCUUUUAUGGUAUGAAAGUGAAUCUAGUUGGUACCUAGUUAGGUAGUCAAAAAUAAAAAUUCCCUAUGGUUUUCAAAAGCGUCAAGAAAAACAGAGAUGUAAAAUCUUUCAUUUUUCUAUAUCAUUUUGUAUACAUGAUAAAAUUUUUGAAAUAUUUUGACUCAAUUUGAGUUAUUUAUAGACAUUUAAAAUUUGAAAUUUGAUUUGUUUUCUAUUCUAUAAAUGUCAAUAAAAUGUAUGCUUUGGGUUAGUGCUAAGUGCCGUUGCCAGGAUUUGUGUAGAAAGGCUAAUCUUUAUAGAGAAAGCAUUUUAAAUUGGUGCUUGCACAAGUAUUUUGAGAUUCAAAAUGAUCGAUGAAAAUGUUUAAGUUUUGAUCACCAUCACCAUACACCAACUUUUGGAUAACAAAUCAAACAAAGUUUGGACCACAUAUAUUUUAACGGGCAACGAAGUGCACAGGGUCUGCUAGUAAUAAAAAAAUAAAAAUAUGCUUAAACCAAAAUAUUAAAUAAUAUCAAUGUGUGAUAUUUAUAUGAGCAAUGUUUUAAUUGUCAUGUAAAUUAUUAUAAUAUUAUUUAUAUUAGUAUCAGCCAGCGAGUUCGUGAUGGGCCUGUGGGCCGGGUGGCCGUCAUGGGCGCUGAUUAAGCGGCCGGAAGCCGACACGCCGGCCGAAUGGCUGAGCCGGGACGACCACUCUUGGGCAGUGGCGUCGUUCGACCUGGCCAACCUGAUGAGCGCGUGGCCGGCCAGUUUGCUGGCUGAACACGCCGGCCGGAAAGGGUGUCUGUUGGCCGUGGGCGUGGGCCUGGUCGCGUCGUUCGGACUGCUCUAUGCGCCGAGCCGGUGGGCCGUGUUUGCCGCGCGUUCGCUGGCCGGCGCCUGCAAGUCUGUGGCGUACGCCUCUGUUCCCGGCUUCAUGGCCGAAAUAUCAGCUGAUCGGGCACGCGGCCGGCUCAACGUCAUCGUGGUCAUGUCCGACUCGCUGGGUAUGCUCGUCGCCCUAUCCGUUGGGCCGCAGAUCAAGUACGAGAUCAUGAACGGGAUUUCGCUGGCCGUCGGGCUGGCAUUCCUGGCAGCCGUCAUCCGCGUGCCCGAGACGCCGCACUACCUGCUGGCCAAGAGCCGGUUGGACGACGCCAGGACAGCGCUCCGCUGGUACCGGCCGCGUUCCACGACCGUGGACAACAACCGCCGCCUCAACAAGAUAACGUUGGCCGUGCGAGACGACAUGCGAGAUCCCGGUACGUACCGCGAGCUGUUCACUGACGACGGCAACCGGGUCGCGGUGUUGCUGGUGGUCGGAGCGUGUUUCGCACAGCGUGCUGGCGGCAUAGGCUGCGUGUUGGCCUACUCGACCACCACGAUGCCCACCCACGGUCCCGUCCGGCCCGGCGACGUGGCUGUCGUGUUGGCCGUCGUCCGGCUGGUGUGCUCCGUGGCCGUGGUACCGCUCAUCGACGUAUACGGCCGCCGGCCGUUGCUCGUUGGCUCGCAUCUGGCCUUGGCCGCCAUAACCGCCGCGUACGCUCUCUGCCUGCUGUACAUCGACGAUCGGCCCGAUAACUGGGGCCCAUCCGUGUGCGUCGUCCUGUUCUCGAUGGCCUAUUCGAUGGGCGCCGGUAUCGUGCCUGGCGCGCUGGUGGGCGAGAUGUUCCCGGCCAACGUCAAGUCGCGCGCCGUCACCGUGGUGUCCGUCGUCUCGUCGCUGGGCUCGUUCAUGAUGAACAAAGCGUACCUGCCCGUCAGCGACGCGUUCGGCGUGCACGUCAUGUUCUUCGUGUUCUGCUUCGUCAACGCCGCGUGGACCAUCCUCGCGUACCUGUUCCUGUUCGAGACCAAAGGCAUGUCUCUGUCCGCCAUCCAAGAUCACCUGGACGACUACAACAGUUCAUCGUCGUCCGGCAACGAGGACGAGAGUAAGCUGCCCAGCCCCGAGGCACGUUUGUGACGCGUCCUGUCCGUCGUAACCUAUUUAUUGAAUCACCCCUCACUCGCACCGUGCAUCACAUAUUCUGCAGACCCACACCCACACCCACCAUUUACGACCAUCAUCCCCGUGAACGUCGUCUGUGAAAAGCUCGAGUUGCCUUUGCGCGCCGGGCUGUCCGAAACAAGUCAUCAUGUUACAAUUCGUCAAUUUGUUUGAAUUUAACUCCUAUACGUGUUUCUUGCCUACUCGAUUUAGUGGGUACCUAUCACUCAAAGUCGAAGACAGCAUACAACGUAGCUAUAUUUGUAAGAUCUCGUACAUAAUCGAUCCAUGUCAAAUGAAACCACCGCCUGCAAAUCUUAAUAUUCAACGAAUUUUCGUUCAAAAAAGUUGUAUACUAGAUUGCCUUUACAAUAUUGAUCAUUCCACGAGUAUAAUUGAUCUAAAUUUGGCCCAGAAAUGAUCAUCAAGUCAUGCAAUCAGUUAAUAUUUCAAUAUGCAAUGUUCUCUUCGUUAUUCGAUAAUUAAUAUCUUUUGAGGUUAUUAUUCUUUCAAAAAUUACGUUCUCUACAGCAAGCGCACAUUAUAUUAUAUCUAACUAUAUUAUCUUUAAAGUGGUUAUGUUAUGAAGUACCUACUUCUACUAAGAUAGUUCAACGAGCAUGUAUUUCUCUUUAAAACAUAUAUUUUAUAAUAAAUAAUUCUUAGAUUAAAACCUCGUUGCAUUAAUAUAUUGAUAACGAGGUUUAUUUUUAUUCUUAUUGUUUGCUAUAAUAAUAUGUAACUAUUCGUUUCGAUAAUUUUAGUUAGGUAUAACAUAGGGAUUAUUGCUUAAAUAUUUAUCUUCAAUUCUUAGUUAGUCAAGAUUUAAGUUAAAAACAAACUUGGACUGAGUAUGUCUAAAUCAGUGGUUUCCAACCUUUUUCAUUCUACGCCCCCUUGUAAAUUUACUAAAAUCUCACCCCCCUUAAAUUAGAGUUUAGGCGAAUUUUUCUUUGUGAGUGGUACAAUUAAAACAUACAAAAUAACUAUAUAUUAUACGAUAUAGGUACAACUAUUUACUUUUAUUAUUUUCAUCA